UAUAUAUGAACGAGUCCACCACGACUCAGACAUUACUCUCAAAACUGGAAGUCUGUAACCAUGGCCACAUUUGCUUAUGCCACCAUCACCGCCAUUGUCUUCCUCAUCCUCCUCCCGCUAUCUUGCUCUUCCGAAUCAAUUUUGCACCACCAUCACCAUGGCGGAAACUCCUCCGUCCAGAAAUCGGACGUCGAUCUUUUGGAGUUUCCUUUGAAUUUAGAGUAUUUGGAAGCUGAGUUCUUUUUGUAUGGCUCUUUGGGGUAUGGCUUGGAUAAAGUUUAUCCGAGCUUAGCCCAAGGAGGUCCCUCUCCCAUUGGUGCUAAAAAGGCACAUUUGGACCACUUUACUAGGGAUGUCAUCGAGCAAUUUGGAUGGCAAGAAGUUGGACACUUUUGUUAGAGUUUUGAGACUCUU